UGUCAUCCUACAUCAUUAAUUUAAUCGUGUCAAUUGUCAUCGUGUUAGAGUUUAUGACUUACAUUGGUGAUUACGAAUAUAUUAUUUUAAGCGCUACGUUCCGCAGGAAAGAUUUUAUUAAGAAGCUACCUUCAUGAAUUUUUAAUAAUUGCCAAUAUCCUCCUAGCAACGAAUUCAAGUUUUCCCUCCAUGACUUCUAUACACCUGAUAUUUGUAUGCUUGCUGAGUUGUAAUGUACUUGUGUCAAACUAAUUUCGCCAAAAAGUGAAAUUGUUACCAAAAAGUUUUCACUAAGCGAAAGAUUCAAAUAUGGGUUCUAUUGCACAAGGUCAAUCUGGUCAAUGUCAAUAUUUCGUGGUGAGGAAGAAGCGACUGUGCCGCAUGACAGUGCGGCCGGGCCGGCAGUACUGCGGGGAACACGAACCCCAGCCGCCCGCGUCCGAGUGUCAGGAUGACAGACGAAUACCAUGCCCAAAUGACCCUAAACACACAGUGUAUGUCAGCAAACUGGAGAAGCAUCUUUCUAUCUGCAAUGCUCGUGCUAGGGAACAGCCUCCUUAUAUUGUGCCAAAUAUCAACGCACCCACUGAAGGAGAAACAUGUGUCCGCAAGCCACUCGCACAGCUACCUCGAGAGACAAUCAUGCAAGUCAUUGACAAAAUUAACUAUUUAUAUGACAAGCAUGUCGCAGGCAACAUAACAACAUUUCCUGAACAUCCGAUUCACAACACAAUAGUUGAAGAGUUCUCAGAGAGUGACCGCACAGAGAGCUCGCGCAGACAUCUGCGACAGGUAUCUGCUUUGCUGCACUUAGCAGAGGAAGAGGGGCUCGUCGGCGGUGAUACAUGCUAUGUGGAACUUGGCGCUGGGAAAGGCCACAUGUCAUACUACGCGUGGCAGGCGUGGGGCGCGCAGGGCGGCGCGCUGGUGCUGCUGGACCGCGCGGCGCUGCGCCACAAGCGCGACAACAAGCUGCGCGCCGCGCGCCGCCUCCGCGCCGACCUGCGCCACGUGCGACUGGCGCGCGUGCCGCGUGUCGCCAACUCGCGCGCGCUGCUGGGGCUGGCCAAGCAUCUCUGCGGGGUAGCCACCGACUAUGCGCUGCGCUGCGUUAGUGCAGAGGACGAGACGGGACCCGUUGCGGUGGAGGCGGGGUCUGGUGGGAGCGAGGCAGCGACUAGCGGUCCCGGAGCGGGGCCGCGGCGGCGCGGGCUGCUGGUGGCAACGUGCUGCCACCACCGCUGCGAGCUGAGCGCCUUCUUCGCGCCGCGGAAGCUCCAGGAUCUGGGUAUAACCGGUGAGGAAUUCAACGUGAUGCUGGGGAUCGUGUCGUGGGCGACGUGUGGCGAUGGCCGCAGCCGGGACUCGCGCACCAAACCAGCUAGUCACGAGGAGGUAGAGCGGCCCGCUAGUCACGGGGAGGUGGAGCGGCCCUCUAGUCACGGAGACGUGGAGCGGCCCGCUAAUCACGAAGACGUGGACGGGCCCGCUGAUCACGGGGCCUCGCGCUUGGUAUUGGCGCAGGAGUACCGGGAGUCAGUAGGGCGCCGCGCCAAGCACCUGCUGGACUGGGUGCGCGUGCUACACCUGCGGGACCUAGGUUUCGAUGCUAGACUGUGUUUCUACGUGCCAGUCACCGUGUCUCCGGAGAAUGUGUGUAUAGUUGCUAAGAAGAUUAGCUGAGUGCGUCUCAC